AGUUUUCGUUUCCACGGGGAGCACUGAUAAUGUAACACCCGUCAAAGUAACACCGAGCUGAUGGCUGCUUAGUGGGUUUCUGUAGCAGAUCACGUUAAAUGGAGCUCCAGGAAAAAUUAUAUGUGCCGGUAUUUACAGGUGUGGACAGAGACGUAUUUCUGCGUGACAUUUCUCCACAGCGUAGACCGGCCGUGCUUAGAGGUGUGUGUCUGGGCUCCUGCCAAGACAAAUGGACGGUUGAAUACCUUGGCCAAAAAGGAGGAGACAAGGAGGUGAAGAUUCAUGUAUCCACAGUGCCACAGAUGGAUUUUCUUCACAAAAACUUUGCCUACAAGACGCUGCCCUUUAAUGAAUUUGUGAAAAGAGCAUCUGAGACAAAACACUCAGACUUCUUUCUGUGUGAGGAUGAGAGCUACUAUCUCCGAUCACUGGGAGAGGACGUCCGAAAGGAACCUGCUGAUCUGAGCAAACAGUUCCCAGACUUGGCGGAGGAUUUUCAAGUCCCGGAUUUCUUUAACCCUGAUCAGUUCUUCUCCAGUGUCUUCCGCAUCAGCUCCUGUGGGCUGCAGCUGUGGACACACUAUGAUGUGAUGGACAACCUGCUGGCUCAGGUGACUGGGAUGAAGAGAGUGGUUCUCUACAGUCCCCAGGAUGCAUUGCACCUCUACUUAUCAGGUGAUAAGUCUGAGGUUCUGGACAUUGAUGGUCCAGAUCUGAAACGGUUUCCCGACUUUGUGAAGGCAAAGAGAUACGAGUGUGUGCUGGAGCCUGGAGAUCUGCUUUUUAUCCCUGCUCUGUGGUUCCAUAACACCCUUGCUCUGCAGUUUGGAGUGGGUGUUAAUGUGUUCUGGCGACACUUGCCCACAGACAGCUAUGACAAAAAGGACCCGUACGGUAACAAAGACCCGGUGGCUGCAACUCGAGCUCUUCAGGCUCUGGAGAGGGCACUGCACACUCUGGAUGAACUUCCAGCAGAUUACCGGGACUUCUACGGCCGCCGUAUGAUUCAGCGCAUCCAAAAGAGGACGUACUGUGAUGGGCUGUCGAGAACACAUGCGCAGAAGGAUUCUGACACUACAUUACCCAGCAGUCCCUCCACUAAACCUGGAUGAGUCUGCAGACAAAAGUGAAGUAAACAGAACUUGUAUUUUGCCACACGUUGUUCAGCCUGGACACUAGAUCUGAGAAAUAAAGUACUAUUUUGGCCUAUAGGUUGCAUCAAGAUUAAAAUCACACAGAAUGUUUUUCUGUGGAAAAAUCGUAAACACCAGCAUGUUUCAAUACAGGUCACAGUCCUCUCCAGUACAAUAUAAUUCAUCCUCCAAAAGGGAUUUUGGUCUGAGAGACUCACAAAACAAUCACAAUUUAUGCUGCAGUUGGUAUUCAAUUCAACUGCGAUAUUCUACAUUUAAAAAAAAAGAAUAAGAUCAUAAAACCAUCAGUACUAGUGUUCUACAUUACUUCGCUCAAAUCAAUGUGAUUCAUUUAAACAUUGGAAUGGAUUAGCAGUUUUAGGCAGUAUUUUUUACUGCACAAUAAAUUCUGUACUCUUCAAGCUGAACUGCUGCACAGGUUAGACUACUUUAUAUACAGAAACAGCAGAUACAUCUGAAGGCUCCAGCAUGAUUUUAGACCUUUUUUCUAAUCUUUAUUUCAAGAUACUUUUGAAGGUAGUCACCUUUAACAACUAACAUUUCAAAAAGAACAAAACAUACAUAAUACUACCAUUGGAAUGACUACUAAUACUUGUAUCCCAAUUUAAAGUACUGAAAAGCAAAAAACGAUUUUGACAUUACCCAUGCCAUUUUGAGUAAGAAUAUCUCAGUAACUAAAAAUAUAACCCUGCUGCUUUUUUGUACAGUGAUAGAAGACAGAUGGAACUGUCUUGUAGAAAAAUUUGGGGUCUCUGGUACCUGUCCCACACUGAGAUUUUUGCCACCAAAAAUAGCCAAUUAAAAAUCUCGUCCAACUUUGGGAGCUCAUAUUUUCCAAACUGAGGUACCUAGAAAGCCCCAGUUUGCUAAGUUAUCACACAAGUUUGUGUAGAAUGGAACCCAGGGGUGUUAGAACACUUCUGUGCAGUAUUUCUACUUUUAAGGUCCCAAACUCCACUCAUGAGUAGGUGUCUCUUAAUUUUUCGCAUUUUUAGCAAGCCCCUAUGGCCUGCAGAGUGUAGGGAAACACCUGGGGAUGUUUGUGGGGCACUAGCUACAUGCAGAGGCCUUGUAUACCAACUCACAGCUCUCUGGUAUGUCGGUCAAACGACCGAAUGAAAUAACGUUCAAUCCGCCCCUGCUGAUAUAUGAACAUAGUUCUGCAAAUACAGUCGUCGGCCGAAUGACGCACUAUAGGAACAUCUACAACAAUGAGGGUUUAUGAUUAUCAGGCUCUACAAGUCUAAUAUGUGAUAACAAUAAAGGUUUGAGAUCAAUCUGGUUUCAAUUCGCCACUUCACCCUCCGGCACUGCCGUUCCCUCUGUCUCCAAAAUGUGCUUAAGCAAGCAUCAAAGUUGGCGCACCGGUGCGCACAUUCUCACGCCAAGUUUUUUUUAGAAAUCACAACGAACACAGCGUACGCCACUUUCUACACAAAGUUUGUGAUUUACGCCCUGUUUUGUGCGUAAAGAAGCAUCAAGAAUCAAGGUUGGUGCGCCGGUGCGCACAUUCUCACGCCAAGUUUGUUUUUAUAAAUCACAACCUUUGCGCCACUUUCUAGCCCUGUUUUGUGCGUACGCAAGCUUUAUAAAUGAGGCCCCAGGUCUUUAACCAGCAUCCCUAAAAUCCAUGGAGUCGGCUCCAGAGAAAUGAAGGGAGGUCAACUUUUAUCAGCCUCCAUCCAGAUGUUCAACUUGAUAUCUUUACUUUGAGAUUUUUCGCACCACAAACCUUUAGUAUCACACUUUAUUAUCAUUUAUUACGACUUUAAUGGAAUCCACCAGCAGAUUUAGUUUUUGUUGAGAAACUUUAUUCUUGUCAUCAUGGGACUGCAGGAUUUAAAACUGUUCCUUCUAUUUGACCUCAUGUUUGUUAGUUUUAGUGGAGAAAGUUAUUUUAAUUGUUGAUUAGUCUCUUAAAAACCAAAUAAUAAAUUGGAUUAGUCAAGAGGUUUAAAUUUCUUACUUUGUCAUAUUUUAAAUAUUACAAAAAAAUAUAAAAAUAAAGUGUCUUGCGACAAUUUGACGUGUAAUUGGCGUUAUAUAAAUAAAAUUGAAUUUAAAUUGUAUGUAUCUUGUAAUGUUGGAGGAAUUCAGCCAUAUAUGUUGGAAAACACAUUUCUUUGUCCAUUAAUCUGUUGAUUGUUUUCUCCAGUAAUUCAUUUCUUAUUUUGGUUUAUAAAAUGUUAAACCCAAAUAUAUUCAGUUUACUGUCAUAAAAAACAAAAAGAUUUACAUUCAUGAUGCAGGAAUCAGGCAGUUUUUCACUUUUUUAUCUUAGUUUAGUCAGAAAGAUAGUUGAUAAUGUGUGAAUUGUUGCAGCUUGUGAGCCGUAAAAGGUUUUAAUCUUUGGGGCCAAGUGUCAAAAAAAUUUAGAAACCAACAUCAACAAAACACUCAAAGAUUUGAACAUCAUUAAAGGGAAAUCCAACUUUUGCAUGACAAUUUAUAAUUAAAGGACAUUUAUUUUCAACAUAAAUGUGUGAUAUUCAGCCUCUGUAACUUCUCUUCUCAUCGUCUUCCACCUGGACUGGUUUGGUCGGGAGCAUGUGCAACAAACAUCUGAAAAACUGCACUUUAACAUCAAUGAAUUACACUAAAGUUUAAUCUCUACAUAAAUGAGACUGAGUCUGGAUGUGCUGCUCUGUCAUUAACUCCUAAGUUUAGGGAAAGUUCAAACAAAAGAGGACAGUUCAGAUAAGACUUGAGAAUGAGCUUAUUUUGAACAAACAUCUCAGACUUUCUGAGCUUCAGCACCUCGAGCAAGAUAUUUGAACAACAAGCAACUCAAGAGAUCCAGAAGUUGGAGAGAGUUAACUUUAGCUGAGCCAAAGAACAUGUGGGACGCUAACCUAGCAAACAUUUCAGAAUUUUCCCUGUGAAUUCUGAGAAAAAAUUUCCUAUUUAAUUACAGAGCUACACAUGUGAACUCAGUCUCAUUAAAACAGACUCUAAUUCAGUGUCAUCCAUCCAUAUUAAAGUGCAGUUACCCAAAAUGUUUGUUGCAUGAGCUCCAACAAAACCUGUCCAGGUAGAAGGCCACUUUGACAAACAGGAAGUGGAAGAUUCCAACCAGAUUUAUAGAAGGGGGAAUCGGACUGUACUAAGUGUGGUCGAGUAUAGAGGAGUGUUUUGUGGGUUUUUAAGGCUGAAAGUGAUUAUUAAUGAGACAUUUGGAGUAGACAUUCAUUUGCAGUAAAUGAAAGUAUUUAAAAUCUUGGACUUAAACUUAGAACACAAACGAACAGAAAACUUUGUUGAAACAUUUGUGUUUUGUUUACAGAUGUUAAGUUAAAGGAGUUUUAUUUGUGACGUAUAACCAAUCAAAUCACUCCAGAAGACAGAGCGACCAUAGCAAGAUAAAGGAUCCAAACAAAAUGGAUUUAUUUAAAAAAAAAAUAAAAGACCAAUAAUCAGUAAAUCAGUCAGCCCACAAAAACUACAAUUCUACAGAGUAUGUCUUUUCUUUGACUUGUUUAUACAAUAUAUAUAUAUAUAUAUAUAUAUAUAUAUAUAUUAUACUAUACUACUAUGUUUGUUUCCUCCUCUGUUGUUUUCUGGAUUGUACUCAGCUGCAUGCCUUCGUCCACCCGGCCUCUGUUGACUCGUCCCGCAUGCCGUCUCUGGAGCUGAAGCUGGAUUGGAACAGACCAAAGUACAGUCCAAUCACGAUGCCAGCUGCCUCUCAAAAGGCUCCUUCAUCUGGCAGCACUUCUUUUGAGGGGAAGCUGAGCUUCAGCAGAACUUUGGAGACGUGUUCCAGUGAUUGGUGAACGUGUGGGGAGAUAGAGAGGGACCUUUGAAUUGCUCAGAAAAGAAAACAGGGAACCCAUUGGUAGUUAUAUAUUUAGGGUGUGACUGCGGUGUGUUCUUGGGUUUUAAGAUGUGAACAGGAAGAUGUUUUUUUUUUUUUUCUAUUGAUGAUCUUUUAUUUUGUUCCUGGUUGGAAUGCCCAUCAAUGUCAACGUGACGUUUACUUUUAGUUGUUUAUUUAUUUAUAUUUUACUAACACCCAUUUGCUUUUGACCCCCUCACAUGUUGUGUUGUUGUAAACUUACUCUUUCAAAUAAAUACUCGUCUAACUUG